AUGACAAACGGUUCGGGUGAAUACGAUCUUGCAAUCGCCCUAGCUAUUGGAACGUCUUUUUCUGGCUAUUCACUUCAAUUCUUGAAUGGUGAAAGCGUUCCUAAUAGUAUCUCUCCUGAUAUUUUUACGGGAAUGGAUAGAACACCACUAAUAGAAGAAAAUAAACCUUUCAGUAGUGGUAUUGGGGGGUUCUAUUGGAAUUGCAUAAACCCACUAUCACAAUUUGAAGUACAAAAUAGUCCCCAUAGUGUACAAUACAGCAUACCCUCGUUUAAAUAUUCAACAGGAUCAAUAACAACCUCCCAAAAGUUUCUUUGUGGGCACUCAGCCGAUAAUGAAUUCAACAGAAAUCCUGUCAGUGGAUAUUAUGUGCCAAAAAUCAAACUUUUGUUGAACAGCAACAGCAGAAAAGACCUCCCGCCUUUACCACAAAAUAUGAAACCAGCGCAAAUCAUUGGAGAUUAUUUGAGAAGAACAUUCGAGCAUAUCCGCACACAAGUGCCCGCAAAGUACUUCGAGGGUAACUCUAAGUUCAACUACAAAAUUUUCAUUGCUGCUCCAACCAUAUGGUCCAAAGAAUCAAAGGAUAUUAUCAGAGAGGCUGCUAUACUGGGUGGUUUAUUUACAAAACACGACGAAUCUGAAAAACUAUCAAUUGUUGAUGAAGCCGUGGCAGCUGCUCUCGGUGUUGAGAGUGCAUCUUCUGAACUGAACCUUAUACACGGUAACAUCUAUAUGGUCUGUGAUGCUGGCGGUGGAACUGUGGAUAUUGCUACAUUUAAAAAAGACGAUUCAUCAGGAGCAAGCGGUUUAAAAGAAGUAUCCCCUGGAAUUAGUAGUACAUGUGGAUCCACUCUUUUGGAUACUCGGUUUGAAAACCUAGUGAGAGAGAAAGUUUCUAGAUCUCUCAAGUACAGCGAAGUGUACAUCCAGCCUGCUUUAGACUACUUUAAAAACGAAUUAAAGAAAAAAUUUUGUGGUGAUGGUCAUCUUUAUGGAGAUUCAUUCAACUAUAUCGAUAAUGAUUGCUAUCAUUAUGGUCGGGUUUACAAAAAAAUCUGGGCUACCAAACACUCGAUGGACUUAUCUAAUGUCUAUUCUACACAGGAACUGAUAGAAGCCGAGUCCUCGUACGGCACAAAAGUCCCCGAUGAUGUAUUGCGAGAAAUUAGCGAUUAUGAGAUCUUCACGGCGGAUGAGAUUAGGAUAAAAGUGUUUGAUCCCGUAGUGAACAAAGUGCUUGAUACAAUCGAGAAACAGUUUAAACAGCUGGGUGACAUAACCCUGGAUGUCAUGUUCAUUACUGGAGGAUUUGGACAGUCUCCAUAUCUUAAAACCCGAAUAAUUGAUACUUUCAGAAGCCGAGUCAACUACUUCAAGAUCACUGAAAACGAAAAGUCAGCAGUUUUGAGUGGGACACUUUUGUUUGGCUGUAACCAAUACACACCCACUCAACAUACCUUACGUCAAACAUACGGCGUCAAACUAUGCUCAAUACAUGACAAGUCUGAUAAAGACAUGAAGUCCGAGAAGGACAAAUUCCAUGUGCACAUCCGUAAAGGUGAAUCAGUUAGGGAGGAUUUCUGGGUUACCAAAUCUAUGGUUUGGAAAGAAAGCAUACCUCCAAUUAUAUCUUUGUGUGAAUACAAUGGCAAUGACCCAGUUCCCGAGUAUCCUGCUGAAAAAGAUAUUGGCCUAGUAGCUAUUUUUAAUACCAAAUUUAAACUUUAUGGUAUAAAAAACACUGAAGAGGUAAUGGUUAUCCAAAUGCGCUUUGGUCUAGACGAUAUUGAAUUCAAAGUGGAGAUCUCUGGAAAAGAUCUUGAAUAUUUCGCUGUGUGGGAUCUCAGUAAAAAAAAUAGAAUGAAAGGAUGGAGUGAACCAAAGAACCCAUUUUCACCCAAGGCAACAAAAACCAGUUUGCCUACAUGCUCGUGCCGAAUAGAUCACAGUCAGAUUCCUUGA